GCGCGGCCUGCCCGUGCACCCCAGGCUCCCGGUCCCCCGCGCCGACGACCCCAGGCUCCCCGCUGCUGCUGGCGGUGCGCGCACGGCCCGGACCCCUUCGCCCCCCUGGGGUCGCCGGGUCACCUCCUGCUUCCCUCGGCCCUGCUCCACCGGCUUGCAGUCCGGGCUGCUCGCUCCGGAGGGAGAUGUCCCGGCGGUCCGGGGCGAGCCCGCCUGCCACGCUGGGCUGCACCCGGCUGGAGAAGGCGCUCUGAGCGGCCCCCUCGGACUCCAGGCGAGGGGCCCUCUCACCUCCGUCGCUCCGGACGCGGACCUCCGGCGCUGCCGCGGGCAGCCAAGCCCCUUCUUGCCGCCCCCAUGGCCAAGCCUCUGCUGCUGGUUCUGUGCCUGGCUCUGGGUGUGGCUCCAGGCGGCGCCUCCAGCGUGGCCCCCGCGGGAACCAGCCAGCCCGCGGCGGGAACCAGUGUGCCCCCCCCAGGAACCAGUGCGCCCCCCGCAGGAACCAGCAAGGCCCCUGCAGGAACCAGCGCGCCCCCGCUGGCCCAGACUGUGGCCCCCACGGAGGCCGAGACCCUGCAGAACGAAGCGGACAACCAGGAGAACAUCUUGUCUCAGUUGCUGGGGGACUAUGACAAGGUCAAGGCCGUGUCCGAGGGCGCCAACUGCCAGUGCAAGUGCGUGGUGAGGCCCAUGGCCCAGGACGCCUGCCGGAGGGGCCAGGCGGGGGACGCCCGACAGGAGGACUUCUACACGGUGGAGACCAUCACCUCGGGCCCCGCCUGCAAGUGCGCCUGCAUCGCACCGCCCUCCGCCCUCAACCCCUGCGAGGGGGCCUUCAGGCUCCAGAAGCUCCGGGAGGCCGACGGCCGGGACCUGAAGCUGGCCACCGUCAUCGACAUGCUGGAAGGGGCCUUCUACGGCCUGGACCUGCUGAAGCUGCACUCGGUCACCACCAAGCUGGUCGGGCGCGUGGACAAGCUGGAGGAGGAAGUCUCCAGAAACCUCACCCAGGAAAAGGAGCAGACCAAGGAGGACGUGGAAGGGACUCGGGCCGAGACGCACCAGCGGGGCCGGGAGAACUGCUCCCAAAGCGCGGGGCACAGCCUCCCGGACGUCCGCUCCGCCCUGCAGAGGGACGCGGCGGCCGCCUACGCGCACCCCGAGGAGACGUUCCUGCCGGAGGCCCCCGCGACCCGGCACGUGAACUCCGUGGAGCUCCCGCGGACGCGGCCGCUGGCCCCGCCCGAGCUGCGCCGGCCCCGGCAGCCGCUGCACAGGCAGGUGCACCUGCGGGGCCGGCCGGCCUCCAAGCCCACCAUCAUCCGGGGCGUCACCUACUACAAGGCCAAGGAGCCGGAGGACGAGAACGACAUCGAGGAGCAGCAGGACGAGCUCUUCAGCGGGGAUGGCGGCGUGGACCUGCUGAUCGAGGACCAGCUGCUGCGACACGACGACCUGCUGGCCAGCGCGUCCCGCCGGGCAGCCGCCACCCGGCACGGCGCGACCACGGCCACCGGUGUGGGCGCUGAGGCCACAGCCCCGUCCUCCGAGCUGCCGCGUGACUCCCCCUGGAUGCCCAGCACCCCCGCCCCCACCGUCUCUGCCGUCGUCGCUGAGCCGACCUCCACGCCUGAGCCGGCCACGCCCGUGGCGGCGGACGCCCCGGGGGAGGCAGGCCUUGCCCCUUCCACGCAGGCCUCGCCCACCACCGCGGCCCCCCAGCCAUCUCCGGCCCCGGCCGCCCCACCUGAGGCCCCUGGGGACACGUUUCUGGGGACCACACGCUUGGCCCCGGCGCCCCCCACCACGGUCGGGACAGACUCGCUGGGGACGGAGGCCACCGCCGGGCCGGGCGCAGCCCCCGCCAGCCCCACCGCGAACCCGGAGGAGGCCGACGACAUCCGGAACGUCAUCGGCAGGUGCAAGGACACGCUGUCCACGAUCACGGGGCCCACCACCCAGAACACCUAUGGGCGGAACGAAGGGGCCUGGAUGAAGGACCCCCUGGCCAGCGACGAGCGGAUCUACGUGACCAACUACUACUACGGCAACGCGCUGGUGGAGUUCCGGAACCUGGAGAGCUUCAAGCAGGGCCGCUGGAGCAACUCCUACAAGCUGCCCUACAGCUGGGUGGGCACGGGCCACGUGGUGUACGGCGGCGCCUUCUACUACAGCCGCGCCUUCACGCGCAACCUCAUCAAGUACGACCUGCGCCGCCGCUACGUGGCCGCCUGGGCCAUGCUGCACGACGUGGCCUACGAGGAGGCCACGCCCUGGAGCUGGCAGGGCCGCUCGGACGUGGACUUCGCCGUGGACGAGAACGGCCUGUGGCUCAUCUACCCGGCCCUGGACGACGAGGGCUUCGGCCAGGAGGUGAUCGUGCUGAGCAAGCUCAACGCGGCCGACCUGAGCACGCGGAAGGAGACCACGUGGCGCACGGGGCUGCGCCGGCACCUGUACGGCAACUGCUUCGUCAUCUGCGGCGUGCUCUACGCCGUGGACAGCCACGACCAGCGCAACGCCAACAUCUCCUACGCCUUCGACACGCACACCAACACGCAGAUCGUGCCGCGCCUGCUCUUCGAGAACGAGUACUCCUACACCACGCAGGUGGACUACAACCCCAAGGACCGGCUGCUCUACGCCUGGGACAACGGCCACCAGGUCACCUACCGCGUCAUCUUCGCCUACUGACCCCGGCCGCGCGGACGGGCGGGGUCGCCGCACCUUGCGCGCGCGCGCGAGUGACGUGCGCGUGCGUGGUGCGCGCGCGUGCGUGCGGGCGUGCAUGGGUAUGAGCGAGUGUGUGCGGAUGGGUAAGUGCUUUUCGAAAAAUAUGUAUUAUUUUGUAUAAUGUAAAGUGACGACUUGGGUCUAUUUUUUUAUACGGGUUGUAGAUCGACCCAAACGUGUGUGUGCUGGUCUCAUCCUCCACGGUUUAUGUUUUCGUGCAAACGAGCUUCUCCCCUGGCCGCUGAGCGCCUGCCCUCCAGCCGCCGCCCGCCCGCUCCCAGGUCCCUCCGCGGCCGUGCAGCCACGGCUCCAGAACACGAGUGGAGGCGGCAGGAGGAGGCACUGAGGAGGGGGGAAAUGAUGUCCCGGAGAAGUUUUAAAAACCCAGAAAAUG